AUGCCGAUCGGCGAACACAACAGCCUCGUCGCUUGGCUCGACGAGCUGCCGAGUUGGGCGAAGAUCGGCGUCGUCGGCGGCGCCGCGCUCGUCCUCUAUAUUCCCUACAAGGUGUGGACGAGUCGAACGCGCCCAAGUCCGUAUGUCGAGAAUUGGAAGCCCGACGUCGUCUAUCUGUAUCAGUUCCCGAGAAUCCGACGCAUUCCGAACGCGUCGCCGUUUUGUCUCAAACUCGAGACGUGGCUUCGAAUGUCCGAUGUCCAAUACGAGAUUCCCGAGGUCCCAAUGAGCAUCAGAUCGAAAGAAGGCACCUUGCCGUUCGUUGAGCUCAAUGGAGUUGAAUAUCACGACUCGACAUUCAUUAUUCGGGACCUUGACAAAAUGCUGCCAAAUCACACAUCGAUCGAUGAUCACCUAUCGCCAGAGCAGAAGGCGGCUUCAAUGGCGUUCGAAGCGCUCAUCGAGAAGCCCCUCUUGCUCUCAUCGAUGGUGUUCCGAAUCGAGAAUCUCGACAAGCUGAUCGAUUUGCUCAAUCCCAAAGAUCUCGGAAUGUUGGCGCCGAUUGUCAAGCCGCUCGUCUUCAACAAUUUCAGCAAAGCGCUUGUGUCGAAGAUCGACGCCAGCGAUUUGGGAUUCCAUUCAAGGGACGAGCGCGUUCGAAUCGGAAGCGACGCGAUUCGAGCAUUGAGCGAUUAUCUCGGAACGAAGCACUAUUUGCACGGAUUCAAACCGACGAAGGUCGACGCCUCGUUGUUCGGAAUACUGGCCCAGAUCCUCUAUGCGCCUUAUGACAGCGAUCAUAAGGACGUGCUGAUCGGCGAGUGCCACAAUCUUGUGGAAUUCGUCGAGCGCGUCAAAUCGCGAUUCUGGCCCGAUUGGGACGACGUCACCACGACCUAUUCGACGGAGACGAAUUGGAAGCGACGGCCACUUCAUCGAUCGAAUGGAAAAGCUCAUUGA